AUGGUAAUGAAACGAAGUGGAAAAAACACAGAAAAGUCAACUGGUGACAGUGUUGGCGGGAAUAGCCUUGGUGUAAAAAGAAAGAGCGAGGCCGAGGGUAGUCGUGAAGCAAAGAAAAUUGCGAAAAAAAUACUUGGCGCAAACAUAAGAUUAUUGCAAAUAGAAAAGCAACUGAAUAAUAAUAUGGCGAGUAGCAGCAAAGGAAUGGCCAAGUUGCGGCAAGAAAUGUCUGAGCAAUUUCUCACUCGUAUAAGCAAAUCAAAUUCUAAUUUAGUCAAAGGUGCAAAUACUCAUGAUGAUGGUCAACAGGGAAUUGCAGCUAAUGAAAGUAAUGAGAAAGGAGGUGGAAAUAACAAAAAAGACAACAAAACCACCAAGUCACAACGAAGACGAAUGAGAAAAAAAAGAACUAAGCAACAAAAAGAAUUAAAGCGCGCGGAUGCUCUUUUGAAAAAAUCAGAUGGUGAUAAUCCAAUUAAGAAACGUUUAGAAUCUGUUUGGUCUAUGUUUGGAAAUAACUCUUCAAAACAAAAUACGAAUUCAGAGCAGAACAAAAAUGUGGUUGAGAAUAUGGUUAAUGGUAAACCUUUUCGACCAAAGAUCCCCAAACAAUUAUCCGAAGGAAGAUUCCGAUGGAUAAAUGAGCAACUUUACACCGUUACUGGGACAUCAGCACAUCAACUAUUCCAAGAGAAUCCAUUAUUGUUUGAAGAGUAUCACGAAGGUUUUCGAUCCGUCGUCGAAGCGUGGCCAGUAAACCCCGUUGACGUUCUUAUCAGGUAUCUAAAAGGAAAAUCUGCCGACAUUGUGGUAGCAGAUCUUGGAUGCGGUGAAGCGAAAUUAGCAAAAGCGGUACCGAAUAAAGUACUUUCUUUUGAUUUGGUUGCAAAUAAUGAUCGAGUGAUUGGAUGUGAUAUUGCCAAGCUACCAGUUCCGGAUUCUUUCUUUGAUAUUGCAAUCUUUUGCUUAUCGUUGAUGGGUACCAAUUAUAUUGAUUACUUGAAGGAAGCUUAUCGUACUUUAAAAACAAGCGGUGAGCUGAAAAUCGCAGAAGUGGUUAGUCGGUUUACCGAUAUUAACGCGUUUAUCGAUGCUGUUAAAGCCAAUCAAAAUAAAUCCGUUUCAUCUUGGACACCUGAUGAUGUUAUGUCAAUCGCUAAACUUCUUGCUGGAAGAAUUGCAAUAGAUGGAGCAGGUGAUAAUUUCGAAGGUGCUUGUUCUCUCACAAAUAUUAGUCAAGGCUUAAGCAUCUUCAUCUCUAAGCACCCUAAUAUUUGUGAGAUCAUUGACCCGAUCUAUAUUGUUGCUGAUAUUGGUGGGCAACAAAUGCCUGCAUUCCAACUUAACAAUUACCCACCAGUUGGUUCUCCACUUCCUGCAUUGGCUCCUCUUAUGGGGUCUAACUAUAUUUGGGUAUUUAAUGGGGCAAACGGAACGAAUCGUGCACAUAAUCUUAUGAGUUGGAUUCAAGCUCGAAUACAAGUUUGUGGUGCAAGCGUGGUUUAUUUGGCAGUGAAUGGCAUCAAUGUGGGCAAAUAUGUGGGUAUCAGAGCUUUAGUGGAUCAUGCUGUGAAUUCAGCAUUGAUAAAAAUAAUCGAUAAUGAACGGAAAAUGAAAACCACUGGUUAG